UCAUCAUUCAUUGGUGUACUCACCCAAGUUUGCUGAUUACACGGUAUAUCAUCUCGUCGCCUACCAGAAUAGCAACAUGUUUGUCGGAAAGACUGUUCCCAACCUCCUCAAGGUCGUGUUGGUGAUACACGCUGUGCUUCGAUGCUCUGCCCAGAUUGCCUGGCCUGUUGGUACGUACGGACUCCCGAAGCCAAACUCUGGAUGCCCCACUGGCUGGAGUGAAGGGUACAGAUACCAUGAUACCGAAGACGACAACCCAGGCAACCAAUGGAGCGAUCCUCUAGAUCUAGAUGGCACUUGGGGCCAGGCCAACAUGGAGUAUAACUUCUGUAUGAAAACCCAAAGUAGCUUAGACGGAGAAGCCUGGCCAGCGGGAAGCUAUUGCAUCUAUAAAAAGGGCGAUUGCCCAUCAGGAUUCCAGUCUGGCUCCAUACGCUGGGAUGACGAAGAUAGCGCCAAUAUCAACAGAGAAGGCGGUACUAAACCAGACGGGACCUAUGACCAUAAUACAAUAAUCUUCUUCUGCUGCAGAAAUGAUGACGUGACCAGCCAAGCUAUCUCCCUACCAAGAGCCGAUCGUUUCAUGUUGCUCUCACGCUUCGAUAGUUGUCAGCAGGUGCGGGGAAUGACUGUAACGAAGGAAUGGUUCCGAUGGGACAACGAGGAUAGCAAUAAUGGAGACAGUCAAACUGAUGUGCACCCCUAUGAAGGUAUACAGAGUGGCGGUGAGAAUGUCAGACUCAAUUUCUGCUUCUACGCACCUGACAUAAGUCAAUCCUGGCCUGAUGGUACCUACGGACUUCCCAAAUCGUUGGCUGGAUGUCCUAGCGGCUGGGAAGAAGGAUACAGAUACCACGACACCGAAGACAGCGGCUCAAACAACCAAUGGAGUGAUCCACUCCAUCUUGCUGGUACAUGGGACCUUAACAACAUGCGAAACGAAUUCUGCAUGAAGACCGUUGCUGACUUCGCUGGCCCAUCCGGCGCAGACUGGCCACAAGGAAACUACUGUAUCUACAGAUGGGACGGAUCAUGUCCAUCCGGCUUUGUAACCGACCAGGAUACGUAUAUCUACUGGGAUGAUGAGGAUAGUUCCAAUGCCAACAGUUUUGGGGGUGUGUUACCAGACGGCGUGUAUAACGGGAACACCAGGAUGCAGUUCUGCUGCCGUGAGGAUGGCGUCACUUCGCUCGGAAUGUCUCUUCCUACAGAUAAUACCUUCUACCUGUUUGCCAGCUCUACUACAUGCCAAGAGGUUGCCGGCAUGACAGUGACACCUGAAUGGUUCCGAUGGGACAACGAGGAUAGCAGUAAUGCAGACAGUCAAUCUGAGGAGCACCCCUGUGAAGGAAUAGAGAGUAGUGGUGAGAAUGUCAGACUCACCCUCUGUUACUACGUACCACAGUAACCAUCCUGCAGUCUUCUUGGAACGUGCGAACCUUUAGACCAAGUACAGUAACCAUCCUGCAGUCUUCUUCGAACGUGCGAACCUUUAGGCCAAGUAAAAUUUGAUUCCUAGUUUCUCGUCCAGAUUUUGAAAAUAAUGAGCUGGGGCCCCCGUUUCAUCAAACUUUUCAUCUUUAACAAAUGCUUAAUUUCUAUGAUAAAUUUGCUCUCAGCCAAUCA